AUGGAUUGCCUGAUGAAUGUUGGUAAAAAAGUCGCCCUCUCAGACUUCCAGUCGGUCUCUGAUCACUAUACAAGCUCCACUAAUUCGUCAUCAGAUAAAAAGUACAAGAAUUUUGCGAUGCAUCCAUCAGGUUCGGGGGCGACAAGGGUUUCACAGGAAUUGAUCAGUAGGAUGGAAGCUAAAGAGAAGGCAUUGUUGGAAAAGGAAGAGUCAUCCAUUCGUUUGGAGCAAAAGCUUGUUCAGCAGGAGAAAAACCUGCGAGAAAUGGAUAUGAGAAAGGAGGAAAUGGGUUCAAUUUUGAAGGAAUUGUCGGUCAGGGAAGAAAAAUUGAAGGAACUAAAGGAGUUCAUUGCUGGGCUUGUUGAGAAGCUUGGGUCUGUAGAGAAGAAGGUGCACGAAAUGUUGAGGAAAAGGGCUAGAGAUCUUGAUGAGAAAGAGGAGGAAUUGAAGGCACUGGUAGAUCAAAUUUAG